AUGGGGGUCUAUUAGCCUGUUUAAGAUGCUCAAAUUUUCAGCCUCUAAGAGUGGCUUUUAUAUUUUUUUCCUUUUGACCUUUUUUUAUAUAGUAAAUCAUCCACCAUUAGAUAACAAUAAAUCAAUACACAAACUUUUUCACACCCUUUAAAUAUAACAAUCUUAGUAUAAACAUUUGACAUACACUCACACCCUCUUUUCUACUCCUCAUUUGAGUCAUUCCAAUUCCCAACACCAAGAACAAAAUUAUGAGUUUUCUCACUACUAUCAUAAAGUUAAUAUUUUUUUAUGUCAUUAUUCUCUUCCCAACUCUUGUUUCAAGUGAUUCAUGCACAUGUGAAACAGAACAAACCAAAGGAAAUAAUGAAAAAAAUGAAGCUUUUCAUUACAAACUUGGUUCAAUUGCUUCUGUCCUUGUUUGUGGUGCUCUUGGUGUAAGCUUACCCUUAUUAAGCAAAAGAAUUCCAAUUCUAAGUCCUAAAAAUGACAUAUUUUUCAUGAUUAAAGCCUUCGCGGCCGGGGUAAUUUUGGCAACCGGUUUUAUACACAUACUUCCAGAAGCAUUUGAGAGUUUGAAUUCACCUUGUCUUAAGGAAAAACCUUGGGGAGAUUUUCCGUUUGCCGGACUUGUUGCGAUGUUGUCUUCAAUUGCAACUUUGAUGGUUGAUUCAUUUGCUUCUAGUUAUUAUCAAAGGAGACAUUUUAAUCCUUCUAAACAAGUUCCUCAUAAUGAAGAUGAAGAAAUGGGUGAUGGACAUGUUGGUCAUAUACAUGUUCAUACACAUGCAACACAUGGUCAUACACAUGGAUCAUCUAACUCUUCUCAAGAUUCAAUAUCAACUGAAUUAAUUAGGCAAAGGAUCAUAUCACAAGUGUUGGAGCUAGGAAUAGUGGUACAUUCAGUGAUCAUUGGAAUAUCUUUAGGUACUGCACAAAGUAUUGAUACCAUAAAGCCUCUCCUAGUGGCCUUGUCUUUCCAUCAAUUUUUUGAAGGAAUGGGGCUUGGUGGUUGCAUAUCUCAGGCAAAAUUUGAGUCUAGGUCCACAGCAAUCAUGGCAACAUUUUUCUCCCUAACAACACCAAUUGGGAUAGCAAUUGGGAUUGGAAUAUCAACUGGAUAUAAAGAGAAUAGCCCAACAUCUCUAAUUAUUGAAGGGGUUUUCAAUUCUGCUUCAGCUGGAAUUUUGAUUUACAUGGCACUAGUUGACCUAUUAGCAGCUGAUUUUAUGAGUCCAAGGUUGCAAAAUAAUUUGAAGAUACAAAUAGGAGCAAAUAUUUCACUUCUUUUAGGUUCAGGUUGCAUGUCCUUAUUGGCCAAAUGGGCCUAAGUACUAAGUUUUUUUUUUUUAAAAUUCCUUUCAAAAUAUUAUGCUUAGUUCUCUAUUUUUGAUAAUUAAUAUUAUGCUUAGUUUUAUCUCCCUACUAUUAUAGCAUUAUUAUAUUUUAUUUA